CACUCACUACAACGACGGCAACAUUCGUCUUCUUCCUACUGUACAAACGUCUUUCUCAUCUGAUCUUGCUUCGCCGUACCAGAGGCAAUGCGUCCAGCGUUCCCUUCGAGUGCCAACACUAGGAUAACACCUACUGACUAGGAUAGCGAGUCAACACCCAACCCGCAUCUCACGGCCUCGGCCGCCACGCACAAAACCAUGCAUCAGUCUUUCACAGGCAGUGCCCGUAAGGCUAGGCAAGUCAACCUAUCUGGUCGGAACGCCUCAAAUCCAUGGGCCGCAUUGGCAAAACCAGGUCAAACCAGUGCCUCAGCCACCGUCGCCCAGGCUCAGGCCGAUCGAUUGAAGAGACAACAAGAAAGAGACAGGCUGACCGCCACAAGAAGGAUACAGAAUGUCUGGAGAGGUCAUUCGGCUCGGCGGAAACAGAAAGCAUACUGGAGACAUAUGUGGGAUGAAAAUGAGGCACAACGGUGCGGAUCGUCACAGAGACUAGAUUACCGCAGAUUGAUCGAUGCGGUGGACGACAUUACUCGUUAUCGAGAUUCGGCACAACUCCUAUACCAGACAAGACUGCUUCUUCGAUUUCAAGAGUUUAGGAGGGACAGAGUAAGAGAUGAGACAGACACACUGCGGUUGAUCUACUUUGGCGAGGCUUUACGACAUACCAUUCCUCCAUCAGCACAAGGUGACCUUGACAACACUUGGAGGUCGACCCUGUUAAGAAUGGGUAUCGUCGUUGCUCGCCAUUUGAAGAGUGUGCUAAGGCAUGAGUCGGAACAGACCAGGACAUCGCAAGCAUCUCGGUUACUGGACAUGAUCGGACUACUUUGUGGACUUCUGCCCGAUGAGAUGACGAGCAAUGCGGAGAUUUUCUUUGAUGCAAUAGAAACUGUUCUAAUCUCGCAAAGAGGAGCUGUAUCGCGACAGUGCGCUACGGCUAUCGUGGCCCUACUUACGUCGUCCAGUUCUCACAAGCGGUCAGUGUACCUUGCAUUCGCCACGAGAGUGUUAGGUCAGGAUGCAUUUGCUGGUGACAGGAGUCUUCUGGACCACCUUGCCAUGGCCUUGGAUUUCGACGAACUGGCAUCAGCAAUGUCUACUGAGGUGGAAGAUCUCACCGCAGGCACCAGAGAAGCAAACACCACCCACUUGCUGUGGCAAUUAGCUCAUCUCAUAUACAUCCACGACUCUCUGCGAACGGGCGAUGCCAGUCAAACCACCUACAUCGAAGCGGUAUCAGCACUUUUAGGGCAAGGUGCGAAUGAGGUUGCGCAGAGCCUGGAUCCUGCCGAUCAACCUAUGUUUGAAGAUGGCCGCAGUACCGCCAAACCAUUUCCACCAUUUGUGAGAGAAAUGAUAUUGAGACUACCUCGACAAGAGAAUGUCCGCGACGUCCUCAAGGAGAUGGGCGCUAACAAGCAGUCGCAAGAGGGAUCUGAGUUCGACUCCGCUAAACGAUUAGCGAACUAUGCUGUGGCGCUGUUACGAGCAUUCCCGUCCCGAGCACAGAACAUUCGGAUGUCCCUGUAUCAGGGCUCUGUACGGUCUUUGCAAGAUACCGAUAUGUCGACUAUUCAGUACUUUUGGCAAACGGCACGAACAACAGCCGUCUUGAAGAAAGCUACAAACAACUACAGAAGCGUCUUGUCGCUGUUGCGCGAAGCCGCUCCAGAAACGAAUCAAAUUGGACAGGCUCCUGUCUCGAAGGCAGAGAUCUCUCUUUGGCGAGACGAAUGGCGGAUAAUUCUGCUUUUGCUGGAGCUCUACACUUUUGUCCUCAAAUUCAUGGAUGAUGACGAUUUCUUUGCAUUAGACAAGUCCCGCACAUUCGGCACGUCCAAUACUCCCAGCAGCAUCAUUUCAAGAAGAGGUGCACUUCCUCUGGAGGACGUCGCACUUAUGACCACAUUUCUUAAGAACCUAGCAUUCACUCUUUACUGGAAUGCGGCGGACUUGGUUGAAAGCAACGAGGUUGAGGAAGAGGCUAACCUGUCGGCUCUAUUUGGUGGCGCCGCUCCGCCAGCUACGAGAUCGGCCGAGAAGAAACAGCAGACAUUAACGGGUAAUGGUGUCUCCCAAGGCUAUCUCAAAGGCUUGGUCACUGGACUUCUACGCAUGCUACACGAAAGGGAUUCUAGACGUUCUUUUGUUCCUCCAGGCCAUUGGCUGAUGAGCGAUCAGAUCAACAUGUCUGGCUUCAUCCCAGCAGUAGUUGCAGAGGAAGAGAAGAGACAUCAACUGGGGGAUGAGGAUGAGACUGAAGAACAGCAAGACGACAUCGACAAGGCUACUGAAAUGGACAUGUCGGCAGGUUCAGGGGCGUCGGACGCUUUACUGAGCUCCAUGUUCGGUAUUCGUCCAUCGCAUAUGCCACGAUCCAGAGCAUCACGGCAGGCCGAUCGCCUGGAACGUCAGCGACAACAUGCUAGAAAGAAAAGACAACUCGAAUCACUUGCGCCACGGCUUGAGAUACUGCGCAAUCUGCCUUUCUUUAUUCCCUUCGAAACACGUGUACAGAUCUUCCGUGAGUUCAUCCACCAAGAUCAAGUGAGGAGACGAGAUGGUGCUAUCGAUCCGGAUCAAUGGAGAAUGUCCGUCGCAACCAUGACACAAGGACGCAGUGCAGACGGUCGACCUAGGGGGCUCGAUAUCAUAAGUCGACACCAUGCCGAAAUUCACCGCGAGAAUGUAUUUGAAGAUGCAUAUGAUGCCUUUUUCCAGCUUGGUGAAGGACUGAAAGAACCGAUCCAGAUCACAUUCAUCGACAAGUUUGGCGCUCCUGAGGCCGGUAUCGAUGGUGGUGGCGUCACCAAAGAAUUUCUUAUGUGUGUGACUAGCGAGGCUUUUGAUCCUAACGCGAGCCUCAGCAUGUUCAAGGAGAAUCCUCAGCAUUCUUUGUACCCAAAUCCCCUGAUCUAUCAGGAGACAGCGGAGUACUUGAAACGAGUUGGCAGGAAGCCUGGCACAGACGGCUUUGACAAGCCUCUGACGGAGUUUCUUCGUCGCUUCCAAUUCCUGGGUCGAAUCGUGGGGAAAUGUCUGUAUGAAGGCAUCCUCAUCGACGUCACUUUUGCAGGAUUUUUCCUUCUCAAAUGGGCUCUGACUGGUGGUACGACAGUAGGCUCGAAUGAGUCGGCAUAUCAUGCAACCAUCAAUGAUGUUCGUGACUAUGAUGAAGAACUGUAUCAAGGCCUGUUGAAGUUAAAGAACUACCCCGGUGAUGUUGAGGCGGAUUUUGCUCUUGAUUUCACCGUUACAGACACCCUGAACAUCAUGGACGAAUAUGGCAAGGAGACGCCCCAUACAAUCACCACCGAACUGAUUCCAAAUGGCGCCAACACUCCAGUCACCAAUACAAAUCGGCCUCUCUACAUUGACCGUAUCGUGAGAUACAAGCUGCAACAACAGCCAAAAGCUGUGACUGAUGCUUUUCUCCAAGGUCUCGGUCAGAUUAUUCAGCCAAUGUGGCUUGCCAUGUUCAAUCAGAAAGAGCUGCAGAAACUCGUGGGAGGUGACAACACUGAGCUUGACAUUGCUGAUCUGAGGCGCAAUACCCAAUAUGGUGGUGUCUACAGUAUUGGUGAUGAUGGACUCGAACACCCUACGGUCCGGUUGUUUUGGAAAGCACUUCAGGAAAUGAGUGAUGACGAUAGGAGGAAAGUGCUCAAGUUUGUCACCAGCACCCCUCGUGCGCCUUUGCUAGGUUUCAGCCAUCUCAACCCCAAGUUCAGCAUUCGUGACUCGAGUGAUGAUCAAGAACGGCUUCCCAGCACGAGCACUUGUGUCAACCUUCUCAAGUUACCACGAUAUGGGGAUAUCAGGACGAUGAAAGAGAAACUUCUCUAUGCCGUUAAUGCAGGAGCAGGUUUCGACCUCUCAUAAAGCUUGUGCACACUGAACAUACGAUUUAUGAAAGUCGGCAUUGGGGCGUGCUUGAAUUGCCUCGUACAUAGAUUUCUCCAUUAGCGACUGCCACGGUUGUGCGAAGCGCAGAAUUGCGUUGAGGCAGGCCACCUCACAAUGCUAUGGCUGCCGACCAAACUGCUCGUUGUUGCGUCGACAGUGUCUCUGUUCCACUUACCAAUUUAGUCC